GUGAUUAUUUUUAGUACUUGGUUUUAUAAUUAUUAUUUUUUUACUGAGGAAGUUACCCAGUCGUGUUGUAAACUUGUAAGAUUAUAAACAAACAAGAGCCGUCUUCGUGUCAUUUAAUAAGAAAGAACUGUUAUAAAUAUUAGUCUGUUAUCAGACAUCACUACGCCUGUCAAAUCAGAUUUCUUCAGGCUCAUUGAUGUUUUUUAACCUGUGGUUACAAAACCCCAUUGAGUGAAACGAGUGUUUAGUUUCGUUUACUUUGAGAUUUUGUGUGAUUGCUUUGUUUCGUAGUGUUAGUAUAAUUAACUUACAAUAUUAGCCAAGAUGUCUUCAGUAUGUUGUGGAACAAAAAAACAGAAACUAAACAACUCUUAUAGUAACAGUAUAGAUCGACCUUUGAAUGGUUACCAAGAGUCCGUAGCUAUUCCUGAUAUGUGUUACUUUUGUUUCGAUGUUUUGUAUUGUCAGCUGCAUAGUAUGGAUCCUCCUCAGACGCCAAACUUUACUAAUGAUGCCUAUCCUUUGUUUGUGACUUGGAAGAUUGGUAAGGAGCACCGUCUGCGAGGAUGCAUCGGGACAUUUAAUGCAAUGCAUUUACAUUCAGGUCUUCGUGAAUACGCAAUAACGAGCGCUUUAAAAGACUCUCGGUUCGCUCCAAUUACUCGUGAAGAGGUGCCCCGGCUGACCGUGUCGGUUUCCAUACUGCAGCACUUUGAGGAGGCCGAGCACUACCUGGAUUGGAAGCUCGGCAAGCAUGGCAUCCGCAUCGAGUUCAUCAGUGAACGCGGCACCAAGCGCACCGCUACCUAUUUACCUCAAGUUGCUACUGAACAAGGUUGGGACCAAAUCCAAACUAUAGACUCUCUCCUGAGAAAGGGCGGCUACAAGGCCGCCAUUACAGGCGAGUUGAGACGGAGCAUCAAGCUGACUCGCUACCAAUCGGAGGAGAUCUCCGCCACCUACAACGAAUACAUCAGCCAGCGCUGCUAGCAGACGGUAAACGUGCCCACCCGCACCUCCCAACUUCAUAACAAUCCAAGACUUGUGUACCACAAUAAACCUUAUGUACAUAGGAAUAAGAAAUACCAUCGGAGUCGGGUUGGGCAGAGUGGUAACAUAUAUUGUGCUAGAAAUAACGUAGCUUGUAAGUGUAUGUCUAGUGUCCAGAAUCAGUUUGCGAGGAGGCUUUGUGAAGUGAGCGCUCGUUCGACUCGAAAUGUCACCAAUCAGGAUUCUGCUCAAAGUGCAUUGACGAGCCAGGCCAGACGACACUGUCUGAUUCAAAUUAUUUAACGUUUACAUACAACACUGCCAACGACAUUCCUCUGUGGAUAACAUCUUAAGUGCCAUCUCAAUAACUGUAAUGCUCAUGAUUAAUAUAAAUAUGGAAAUUGCAGUACUAUUCAAUAAUAUAAUUACACAAUUGUAUACUUAAUUUUUUGCAACUAAACUAAUUUUGUGCUAUUAAA